AUGGGAGACGAAGAGCAUCAACAUCACGAUUUUCAAGAAGCUGGAUCUGGGGCCUCGGCUACUUAUCCUGUUCAGUGUUCGGCUCUUAGAAAGAACGGUUAUGUUCUUCUUAAAGGUAGACCCUGUAAAAUAGUAGAAAUGAGCACCAGCAAGACUGGUAAACAUGGACAUGCGAAAGUCCAUCUUGUCGGACUCGACAUCUUCACUGGAAAAAAACUCGAAGAUAUCUCGCCAUCUACCCACAAUAUGGACGUUCCAAAUGUUAACCGCACUGAAUUCCAACUAUUGAAUAUCGAUGAUGGAUACCUUAGUCUAAUGACCAGCGACGGUAGUACUAAAGAUGAUGUUCGUGUUCCGGAAGGUGAUUUGGGGGAGAAAAUCCAAGCCGAUUUUGAUGAAGGCAAGGAACUUUUAAUUACUAUUAUCAGUGCUAUGGGCGAAGAAGCAGCAAUUUCCUACAAGGAAGCCCCUAAAUGUACGUAUGCUUGA